GAAAGAUGAAACUUAAAUGUUGAUCGGUCGGCCAUCUGCUGAUGUUGCAGCCAAAGCCACGUCAUAUUUUGUAUGCUUUGUGACUUAGGUGUGUGAAGUAUUUCUCGAUUCUCUUAUAAAAAUUACUUUUCAGCAACCGAAAACAUGAACAUAUUUCGACUCUUAGGUGACUUAUCACAUCUUCUUGCAAUUAUCAUUCUUCUUCUAAAAAUAUGGAAAACACGAAGCUGUGCCGGUAUAAGUGGCAAAUCGCAAAUUUUAUUUGCGAUUGUAUAUACAACACGUUACCUAGAUUUGGUAACAACAUAUAUUUCAGCAUACAAUACAUUUAUGAAAAUCGUUUUUAUUGUAACCUCUUAUGUCACAGUUUUUUUAAUGUAUGUAAAAUUUAAAGCUACGUAUGAUCAUAAUCAUGAUACAUUUAGAAUUGAAUUCUUAAUUCUACCUGCAUCGGUGUUGGCAUUAUUAAUCAACAAUGAGUUUACAGUUAUAGAAGUUCUAUGGACAUUUAGCAUUUAUUUGGAGUCUGUAGCAAUAUUGCCACAAUUAUUUUUGGUAUCAAAAACGGGAGAAGCAGAAAGUAUUACCAGUCAUUAUCUUUUUGCUUUGGGAUCUUAUAGAGGCCUGUAUUUGUUAAAUUGGAUAUAUCGUUACUAUGCAGAAAGUCAUGCUGAUUUAAUUGCUAUAGUUGCUGGUUUAGUACAAACAAUUCUUUAUUGUGACUUCUUCUACCUCUAUAUUACCAAAGUAUUGAAAGGCAAGAAAUUACAACUACCUGCUUAGCUGCGUAGAAGCAUUAUCAUUUGGAAAAUUAUAUAUUGCUCAAAGGAGCAAUAUUAUUAUCAAUUGAAUUUAUAUAAAUUUUGGCAAUAUCUAAAAGUCGAGGAAUGCUCGUGUACAAAGUAUACAUUUUAUUAAUUGUAAAGCAUUCCAUUUUUUCGUAUUUUCAACAUCACAAACAUCCAUGUAUAAUUUUUCAUCUUUAACCCAUAUGGCAAUAUUUGUAUUUUAAAAUGUUAUCUUCAUUAAUUUCUUUCAGCAUAUUACAUCAUUAAAUAAUACAUAAAUAUGAUUAUGAUAAUUAUAUUUAAUUAAAAUAUACAUAAAAUACAAAAUAGUUGAAAAUGAAGAUUAUAAGAUUGUGAUUUCAAAAUUUGUUCUAUUUUCUAGAAAUUAGAAAUUAAUUGUAUUGACAAUGUGUAUUUUAAACUUUUGAUAUAUUAAUUUUAUUUAAAUGAAAUUAAAUCCCAUUAAUUAAUUAACAACGCAGAAUUAUAUAUUUUACUAAAUCGGUUACAUGUAUUGCUUCACUGAGAGUUGUUGAUCUAUCCCUUAUAUAUAUAAUGCCAUUUUCAAGACUAGUCGUAUCAACAGAAACUAUGAAAGGAAUCAAGCAUGUAUUUAUAAUUUUUUCUGAAGUGGUUAAUAUUGUAUUUAGGCCCUUUGUUCUUAACAUGUUAUUUAAGUAAAGUACAAAGCGAUUUAAAUCAUCAUUUUGAGUAUUCUCUUCAUUAUUUGUUCUUUUUAUAUGAAAUGCAACUUUAUGUGGUGCUAACUUGGAAUGAAGAUGCAUUUUGGUAGACUUAUUCAUGUCAUAUGCGUCACAAAGUAGUGCUAAACAGCCCCAAUCUAAAGAUGCUUUAUGUUCGACCAUUUGUACGUUGGUAAAAUCUUUUUUACUAUCAACCUGAAAAUAAAAUAAUCCAUAAAAAUAACUGUUAUUUUUGAACUUUUACAAAUUCAAGUAUAUAAAAAAAAAAAAUGCAAGAUACUUGAGAGAAUAAUUUUCGAACAUCUGUAUGGUAAGCUAUUUUUUCUACAAUAACAUUACCAAAUGAAAAUUGUGCUUCAAUAUCUACUAUAUUACAAUUUUUUAUUUUUUUCUCUUCUGUAAGCUUAAAUCUUGAAGGAAAUUGUGCUAGUUUUCGCCACCAAAUUUUACGUUCUUUUUGUAUAUUAUGAAACAAAUCUUUUGUUUCUGUAUCAUUUUGAAAAAUAAUUGUUUCAGCAAUUCUGUGAAUAUUUGGUUUUUUCAUGGAUAAUAAAUCUGAAGUCCAAUAAUUUUUGGAAUUUUCUAUUUUAGCUAAUCCAAAUGGUAUAUCACUCAUUUCAGUUUUAAUAAUAAAAUUUAAAGUAUUAUUAGUUUCAUCUGAUAGAAAUAUAUUAUAGCGUGACAUUGUAACACAGUGUAAAAACCACUGUUCUUCAAGGUUUUUUAACAGCAUUUUACCUUGAGGUCCGUAUUUAAGUCCGUGUUCUGUAAGACUGAUAAAAUGUCCACUUAAUUCUUUUAGAACAUUUGUUAUAUUCAUGAUGCUUUCGUAAUAGUUUGUAAUGGUGCUACAAAAUAUUCUUCUUCUGUAACAGCAGCAUUCAUUAAGAUUUCUUUUUUAGAUGUAUUAUUCUCUAUAUUAUCAUUUCGUAAAAAAAUGAAUUCUUUUUCAAAUGGACUAUACAUAGGUUCAAUUUCUUUAUCUAUCUUUGUAUUGCGUAAAUGUUCUGUAAAAACAAUUGCAGCUUUUAGAACAGAAAAACUAUCAGCACCAUCAAUAUGAACUAAAGAUAAUUGUUCUAUUUUCUUUAUUGUCUCUUGUUUUAUAAUUGAUGAAGUUGAACUCGAAUGUAUAUACUUCACAGAAUGACAAUGAGAGAUUGAAUUUAAAAACGUUAGUAAGAAUACAUGAUUCAGUCGUCGAAAGUAUCCAACAAAUGCCAUUUGAAUGUUAUUCAUAACUAUUAGUAUUCUUACUUAUUCAACAUUAUUUAACAUUUAUUGUACAAUUUCACAACUCUUAAUAAUUAUAGUACAAUGAGUAACUUUCAAUAUUAUAUUUUAAGGAAACACUUUGUCAUUGGUUAUGGUUGUACAAUGUAAUACAUAAUGAAAGAAC